AAACUAUCAAUCUAACAUUGAAAAUAUCACGAUUUUUUAUUUUUUUAUGUCAAUAACUACUACUCAUCAAUACAAGUUAGAAAACAUCUAGCCCAUUUGCCCUGAUUACAACUUUUCUGUAGACAUUCCUAUUGUGGUAUUGCAGUGAGUAUAGAUUUCUUCGAACGAUAUAAAAUGUCUAGAAGGACAAGAGCAAUUUGGUUGGAAUUAGGGUAAGAUGGGAUAUCUAUUUCUUCCAAAUCUCUACUCCAUCAUUACCUAAUUCCAAAUCCCAAUCGAUAUCUAAUUUGCUCCCAUUCAAACGGUUCCUGUUUGGUCUACCCUAUUGAUAAAAAUUCAGAUUGUUGCGAUAUCUUAUUUUGUAGCAAUCAAAUCUGUACCUAGGUUGAGCCUUAAGCGAGUUCGACGUAACCAUUCCAGCAAGGUGCCAAUUAAGUUCAUCACAACCAUAGUGAUUUACUCACUCGGUUCUGGUCCGGUUUGUUUUCAAAGCUGAAAUAUUGACGGUAUGGUUUUUUAGGCCAUAGAAAAGAUAAAGGCGGUCUUCUCAGGGCUGGAAUGGUUUGCUUGCAUAUAGGGACCAAUCUUUCAAUUUUUGUUUUAUCUGUCAUGAUAACAUGUUAGUCUCUACCUCCUGACCAGGUUAGAGUCAUUUUCAAACCAGCUGGUAGCAUCAGCACAUGCCAAAAGAAAGGUACCAUGUGCAUUAGGAGCUUUUUCCUUUAAAAAACAAAAUAAACUUAACUAUAACGUUUGAGAGGGACAGUAGUCAAUUUGAAUGUGUUCAUUUCGAUGUUUUGAGUUGUAUGAAAUUUUCAUGCACCUGCUGUAUAUAUUGCAGUCCCAUAUAGUAAUGAGAGAAGUUUGAACACUUGUGCUGCUAUGCCUGUGCUAGUGUCUGAGGGUCUUGCUAUGUCAUCAAUUAUUUUGUGGGUUUGUGGGUUUGGCACCUCUGUGAUACUAUAAGUUCUGUCCACAUUGAUUUAUGCUUUUGGGUGGACUACUAUCUUGUGACAAAAAAACACAGUUUUAGGAGAGCGGUAAAGUUACACGCUUGUAGAGACCAAGAAGAAACUCAAGUUUGAUACGGGUUUAGUAGAAACCAGAAGUGGAGUAGCCUUAGACCAAAAUCGAAUGAUUGGGUCUCGGAGACAUGGAGCUGUCAACACCUAUUUGCACGGAAACAGAUACGCCGAUACAUCGAUACGUGAAUACGGAGGAGAUCGACGCAAGGCACCGAGACAGAGUUUUGGACUGGGUGUUGGUUUGUUGUGUGCGGCGAAGAUUCUAGUCAGCUUUGCAAUUCGGACGCAAUCGGCUGUCUUCGUCGACAAAGCGGUAAGGCAGAUGAAGGCUUCUCAAGGUUUGGCAGCGAAGAUGAAAACAAUUAGUGGCGGUUUUGCUAUGAGUGCGAGACUAGGAGAGGUGGACGGUUUUCACGUAGGUCAGUUUUCGAUCGACAAUGGAGAAUCAAUUGGAGUGGUACCGAUGGUACGGCCUCCUCCUGAACCACCGCCAUGGGUUGAACGAAGUGCCAGGGUCUGUGAAAGUUUUCCUUUUAGUUAUUAUAUUUUUGUCAGUUGGAUUCUUGUUAACAUCUAUGUUGUUAGGUUUGCUAGUUUGUUUGAAAAUUUAGCCUGUUUUUAUGUCGUUGGGAGUAUAUGGAUCUAUGGGGCUAGGUAUGGAUGUGUCAAGCCUGCUACAUGGUUAGCGAUUCGUGUUGCUCUUUCAGGGGUAAUCGUCUCUAAGUCUGAUCAUAGCGUUUGGCGUCGUAGUUUUUGG